AUGGGAGAGUUCUUACUUGAUGCCGUCCUCCAAGUGCUGUUUGAGAAAUUGUUGUCUCCGGAGUUGCUGAAUUUUGCACGUCGAUACGAGGGACUUGGAAAAAAGCUGAGGAAGUGGAAGAAAACAUUGUCAAAAAUUCAGGCCGUGCUUGAUGAUGCAGAGGAGAAGCAACAUACUAACAGAGCGGUGAAACUGUGGCUACAUGAUCUCAGAGACUUGGCUUACGAUGUGGAAGACAUAUUGGAUGAUCUCGGCACGGAAGCUUUGCUAUGCAAGUUAAGGGGAGAAAAUGAAGGCAGCACAAGUAAGGUACGAAACCUCAUCCCUACUUGUUGUACUGGUUUCACUCCACAUGCUCUUAAGAUCAACAUUAGGCUGGACUCAAAGAUCACAGAAAUUACCGAUCGAUUCAAUGAUCUCGUGAUGGAAGAAGCUCAAUUGAGAUUGAAAGAAACUGCUGAUGGGAAGUCACAUGGGAAUACAGGGAUACUAGCGCCAACUUCUGUAGUGACUGAACCUCAUGUUUAUGGUAGGGAAAAAGAUAAAGAGGCUGUAUUUGAACUAUUGUUGAGUGAAAAAUGUAGGAAUGAUCAACUCUCUGUAAUUCCUAUACUUGGUAUGGGGGGUAUAGGAAAGACAACUCUUGCCCAACUUUUAUUCAAUGAUGAAAAAGUGCAGAGCCUGUUUGAUCUAAAAGUAUGGGCUUGCGUUUCUGAAGAUUUCAAUGCUAUUAAGGUCACAACAACAAUUUUGAAAUCUGUCACCUCUGAAAGCUGUGAUGACGAUGAUCUGAAUUUGUUGCAAGUGAAACUAAAGGAGAAACUAAAUGGGAAAAAGUAUCUGGUCGUUCUUGAUGAUCUUUGGAAUGAAAACUAUGAUGACUGGACUAUUCUACGUGCUCCUUUCCUAGGAGGGGCUCUAGGAAGUACAAUUGUGAUCACAACUCGCAAUCAAGGAGUUUCAUCAAUGACAGGUACGGUUCCAGCUUACCAUUUGCAAUUGUUAUCAAAUGAUGUUUAUGAUGCUUGUUUGUCUUUAUUUACCCAACACGCAUUGGAGGCAAGCGAUUUCAGUGCACAUCCAAACCUCCAACAUUUUGGAGGGGACAUUGUUAGAAAGUGUAAAGGGUUGCCCUUGGUGGCAAAAACUCUUGGAGGCCUCCUACGUACUAAACAAGACCCCGGUGAGUGGGAAGAUAUAUUGAAGAGCAAGAUAUGGGAUAUACCAGAGAAGAAAAGUAAAAUUCUUCCAGCUCUUAUGUUGAGCUACGAUCAUCUCCCUUCACAUAUGAAGAGGUGCUUUGCGUAUUGUUCAAUACUCCCCAAGGACUAUGAAUUUCAUAAGAAGCAACUUGUUCUAUUAUGGAUGGCCGAAGGUUUAAUCCAAGUAGGAGAAGGGGAUAAGCAAAUGGAAGAUUUGGGUAGCCAGUAUUUUCAAGAUUUAUUGUCAAGGUCCUUUUUCCAACAAUCUAGUGGGGAUAGAUCACGAUUUCUUAUGCAUGACCUCAUUAAUGAUUUGGCCAAAUGGGUUGCAGGAGAUUUUUGCUUUAGGAUUGAGGAUCAAAUUGUGGGUAGUAAUGGAAGGAGAAUUCCUAAAAAGGCUCGGCACGCUUCUUACUUGAGUGGAAAAUAUGAUAGUACUGAAAAGUUUGACGCUUUUUUUGAACUCACAUGUCUACGUACCUUCCAGCCUUUUAUGCUUCCAAGUCUUGGGCAAUGUUAUCUGACGCAUAAUAUUCCUCUUCAAUUGUUGUCAAAAUUACGAAGUUUAAGGGUGUUCUCUUUGAAUGGAUAUUGCAUACAUGAGCUACCUGAUUCAAUUGGGAAUUUGAAGCAUCUACGGUACCUUGACCUUUCUUACACUCGAAUUAGAGGUCUGCCUGAAUCAACAACCACUCUUUGUAACUUACAAACACUGAUAUUGGAGGGAUGUUCUUAUCUAAAGGAAUUGCCUUCAAAGUUAGGGAACUUGGUCAACUUGCGCCACCUCAACAUUUUCAAGGCAAAUAAAUUGGAAGGGAUGCCUCAUCAAAUGGGUAAGUUAACUUGUCUCCAUGAAUUAUCUAAUCUAAUUGUGGGAAAUGGCAAUUGCUUUGCAUUAAAAGAGUUGGGUUCUUUGUUGCAUCUUCGAGGGACACUUAUCAUCUCACGAUUGGAGAAUGCCAUUGAAUCCAUGGAUGCAAGUGACACUAAGUUAAUUGAAAAGCUCAAUCUUACUAAGUUGUCCUUGGAAUGGAGUGUCAACGUGGAUGAUUCACAAGAUAGAACAUGUGAAUUAGAUGUACUUAACAUGCUACAUCCAAACAAGUCUUUGAAAAAUCUCACUAUCAGGUGCUAUGGUGGUACAGAAUUUCCGACUUGGUUAAAAGGUCAUUCAUUUCCUCAUAUGGUGGCCCUAAGGAUUGAAAAUUGUAAAAAAUGCACAUCAUUGCCACCAGCCGGCCAACUACGAUCACUCAAACAUCUUUUCAUUGGAGGCAUGACGUGUGUGAAGAAUGUUGGGGUUGAGUUUUAUGGGUCUAGUGGCUCACAACCUUUCGAAUCCUUGGAAACUUUGUAUUUCAAGGAUAUGGAAGAAUGGGAGAGCUGGAGCCCUAAUGGAAAGUUCCCACACUUACUUGAGCUUUCGAUUGAAAAGUGUCCCAAGCUGUUGGGGAAGUUACCUAAACACCUUCCUUUACUACAAAAAGUUUUGGUAGAAGAAUGUCAGAGAUUGGUGGUUUCAAUUUCAAGCUUUCCUGAGUCUUGCGAACUACAAGUUGAGGGAUCAAAAGGGGUGGUGCAUGGUAGUAAGGUUGACUUCAGCUCACUAAAGUCCAAGUCUCUUUCAACAAUUUCAGAAUUCACCUGUCCAAUUGAAGGGUUCAAUUUUGGUGCAGAAGAUCUAGCUAUUGAAAAUUGUGUGGAGCUCAUGCCUUUUUGGUCAAAUGAUGUUGGAUUACUACAACCCCUCCCCAGUCUUCGUGUCUUGAGGAUUAUUAAAUGUUCAAAAUUAGUUUCUUUGGUGGCAGAAGAAGCAAAUGAGCAGCCACAAUUGAAUUUGCCAUCCACUCACAAUGGCUUGGAACCUUUACCGAGGGCAGUGGUGUACAACAACUCUUGUCUUGAGCAUAUUUGUAUUCAUGAAUGUGAUUCGCUAACACACAUUGCAAUAGGCCAGUUAUCUCCAACCCUAAAGCGGUUACAGAUACAGUCCUGCAAGAAUAUGUUGAUUUUGCUGAAUGAGGAUGAUACCAAAAGUUGUAAAAGCAGCGCGUCUCUUCUUGAGUACUUGGAAAUAUUAGAGUGCCCAUCUCUCAAAUCCUUAACAUCAAGCGGAGAAUUACCUACAACACUUAAACACCUCAUCAUUAAACUUUGUGGACAACUGAAGUCAAUAGGGAAGAGCUUCCAUCACAACUCGUCUCUUAUUAAGAUUGUUAUUUGGCGUUGUGAAAAUCUUAAGUCCUUACCCACGGGCAUACACACCCUUAGAAACCUGAAUAUUUAUGCUUGUAACGAAAUGCAGGCCCUACCCAACUGCAUACACAACAUCACCUCUCUUCGAAACUUGAAUAUUUGGAAAUGUCCACGCAUAUCCUUUCCGGAAGAAGGCUUUCCCACCAACCUAACAUUACUUCAAAUUUGGGAUUGCAACAUCACUGAGUCCUUGCUUGAGUGGGGGUUGCACAGGCUUACCUCUCUUAAGCAUCUUGAAAUUAGAGGUGGAUGUCCGCAUUUGGAGUCCUUUCCAGAUAUGAUGAUGCCUGCAUCUCUAACCAGUCUCUUCAUCAGAGACCUCCCGAAUUUGAAAUACUUAUCUUCCAAAGGCUUUCGAAACCUCUCCUCUCUUCAGACAUUGAGAAUUGGUUGGUGCGAAAAGCUGAUGUCCUUUCCAGAUGAUGGUCUGCCUCCCUCACUCUUGCAUAUUUGCAUCAUUUGCUGUGAGCAGCUCACAUCCUUUCCAAAGGACUGCCUACCUCACUCACUCCAACAACUUUAUAUUUCAAACUGUCCUCUGCUGAAAGAACGUUGCAAGAAAGAUGAGUUGUUCAAGAUAGCCCACAUCCCUUGCGUUCAAAUUGAUGGUGGCUCCAUCUAUGACCCAGAAGAGGAGAAUCAGCCCCUGGAUUACCAAAGCCUACAUAAAUUGUUCUGGUUGGAUAUGUAAAUCCAAAGGACUGGCUGCAGGGGUGUAUUCAGGUCUCACCUAUGGGCUAAAGGAAGCUGGUGGAGUCAUGAUUGGGUCCCACAGGUUACAGAGGAGGUUGCCAUUAUUGAGGGACAUGAAGGAAGGUGAUUGGAAACAGCAGAGCAAAAUUGCAGGUUCUCUUUUUUACUUUUAUAGCAAACAAUUGGGAUUGUUAUAAGGCUUAAUUGGAGUUUAGCUAUAGCUAGGACAAUGGAUGACUGGGAUCUCUGCUCUGUGAUUCAUGACAAUCCUCUAAACUUUGAGGCCUAAUUUUUUACUUUUGUAAUGAGAACUCUCAGGGGUGUUUGUUACUGUAAAUGCUUUGUAAUGGAUGGGCUGAGCAAUGAGGAAAAACUUAGCUGUGGUUCAUUUGAUAAAGCUAUUUGU